AUGGCCGACGACGACUCUGCCCGCGCCGCCAGCCUCAAGCGCCUCAUUCAGCGCCGGCACUGGCAGCGCUGGCGCAUCUACGAGAUCGGGACGCAGUCGGCGAGCGAGGAGCACCUCGAAGAGCUCCUCGCGGCGCCAUCGCCCAAGCUCGAGGCCAUCCGUCACUGGCUGCAGACCAAGCUCAUUACGAUUCCGGAGCGGCGCCAUUUCCUCUUCCGCGGGCUCGUGUGGCAAGUGCUUCUGCACGUGCACGACCGCCAAAGCUCCAGCGCGGACGAGCUCGGUCGCAUCUCGGACCGCCUCGCGUCGUUGCCGCGAGACCCGCUCUUGCGCAAGGAAGUGUCGGACGCGGUUGCGCUCAUGGCAGGUACGAAGGGCGAGGCCGCGCAGCCCGGCAUGGAGACCGUGCUCAUGUGGCUGCUCACGGCCAAGGCGGUGCCGUACACGAGCGGCAUGGCGCAGGCGCUCGCGCCCUUCUUCCUCCUCGAGCUGCCGCUGCACACGAUCUACGAUUGCUUUUACCGCUACUGUGCACUCCACCUGCCGCACUUGGUCUCCGGGACGCUCUCGCUCUUGCCGGACGACCUACACGAGAAGAACCCGAUCGAGCUCGAGCAGCGCGAACACAUGCUCGACAACCUCCUCUUGUACCACGACCCAGCGCUCGCAGCGUUUAUCUUUCAAUGGGUGCCCGACUGGACGCGCCGCAGCGUCCCUCUCGACUACUUUUACGCGAAUGUCUACCGCACUGUGCCACCGGCCUCGUUUGUGUACCUCCUCGACGCCUACCUCAUCAGCGGCGACAUGGAGUUUGGCCUCUUUGUCAUCCUAUCGAUCGUCAUGCUGGCCCGCGAUAGCAUAAUGGCGCAGUCGAAUGCCGAGAGCAUCCGCGCGAUCCUCAAGCCGCGCUUUGCACUCGACGACGUUGGCACGGCCAAGGCCACGGUCGUGCUGGCGACGCUGUUGAAGCGGCGGACGCCGUCGUCGUACACGACGUUCUGGCACGCGCGUCCGCACCCAACCUUCACGGUGGCGUCGGCGACCGCGCCGCCCGUCGACAUGAGCGUCUGGGAGAAGCAAGAGAGCAAGACGCUUACUGGUCGCUUUUACUGGGUGCAUAAGAAAACCAAGCGCGCGCAGUGGGAACACCCGAGCGCGCGCCAUGACCCGCCGCCGCCGCUCCUGUGUCUCUCGAUCUCGACCAACGAGGUUGCCUCCGCCGCGUGCAUUCCCGGCGCAAAAACCGACCUCUCGCUGAGGUACUUUAUCGUCGACUGCCGCGGUCGCCGGUCGUCCGAGGACAUGAAGAGUGGCGGCAUUCCAUCUGGGUACACGCUCGACCCGGCCGUGUUUGACUCGCCCGAGAUGAUGGAGACGGCGCUCGCGACCUUGCUGCCGCUCCGAUCCAAUGUGCAUCUCGUGCUUGUCGGGCACGGCGUCACGUUGCCCAUGACGCUUGUCACGGACGACGAGACGGCGUCGCUCGUCCGCGAAGGCAUCCGCGAAGACGUGGCGAUCGUCAACCGCGCCGCGCUCUGGUUUCAAAAGCACGGCUUUCGCUUUGUGAGCUGCCUCGACGGCGGGUACGCGGCCUGGCAUGCCUUUUUGCGCGAUACGCCGCAGUGUACGAUGGAGGAGCUCGUGGGCCACGUCAGCAGCGAGUGCCGGUACUGCAAAAUCGACGCACGGGCCGCUGCGAUCCCGGAGAAGAAGCCAGCGCGCCGCCGAUCGUCAAUCAAGAUGCCGACAUUGCCAGCGUCCAUGUCGCGGCUCUCGUUGACGUCGUCGUCCUCCGGCGGUAGCUCGCGCCUCUCGUUCAGCUCCAAGGACGUCAAGGGCAAACUCGGCUCUUUUGGCGCCAAAUUUUUGCGCAAACGCUCCCACUCGGCGUCGCGCCUCUCGUCCGACUCGCUCGACUUGGACGACUUCCUCGCCGACGACACGGCCACCGUGCAUGACAGCGCAAGCGACGACGACGAGGAGAUUGAAAUUGCGCUCCCAACACUCUCAGCGUGA